AUGGUGGCACAGUCAUCUUGGCAGGAGCGUGGUGAGUACGCCUUACGAAAGAACCCGUUGGACAUCCCAGUCGCGGCGCUUGAUAGCUCUACUCGGGAGCAAGCUCCUCUACUUUUGCCGCAAUCACACGCGUGGUGGAGUGUACCGGUGGAUGUGCGUGAACCGCGGUACUUGAUUGUUGACCCAGAUAAGGGUCCCAAUAGUACGCUGGUAGGAACCUGGUCCAAAAACGAGUUGAUUGAAACAUUCGCCAGGGAAUUUGCCAGCAUCCCUACUGGCUACAAAUAUCCGCACAAUGCCGGCAUUUCCAAAGAUAAUCUGAUAAAAAACCGCAGCCAAUCUGUACUCCCAUACGAUCACAAUCGUGUCCUGUUGAAGCGACCUUCGGACUCCGCAGAUACUGACUAUAUCAAUGCAAGUUUUGUCGACGGUUACAUGCGUCGCAGGGCGUAUAUUGCUGCACAAAGUCCAUUUGACACCCCAACCGCUUCNCGCUUCUGA